UUAACUUGUUUGACAGUUAAAAUCCUAUGCUUCCAUUCGGAACUCAGGAGAACAAGACUUCAAUAACUAUUCAGACAUCUUUGAAAAGCACAAGCGGACACAUCUGGAAUGUCAUGGAGUGAAGAAUGAGAGGCUCUACAGCUGCAUGGUGAUAUUGGAGAUGUCCCAACCUGUUAAUUACUGCUCUCUAAGAAAACUUUGGCAGCUCAUCAUUAAAGAGAAAAAGUUCAUCACGUCUGAUGGCUCACCCUCUCGAAUGAUGGUGUGUGGUGGGGAUCCUGAUUUGUCUAACCUUACUGUGGUGGCAUUAAACCUGACAUGGAGUGAAGUUGAUCUGGACUCUUCUCAUUUUUGUCAACCUGACCCUAUUCGCCUAGAAUGUAAAGCUAAUGAGACGCUUGCCGUUCUCUUGGCGGACAGUUGCCCUGAAGAACCUGAAACACUGAGCACUUUUCAACCCACUACUCCGAAUGCUAUCCUCACUGGCAUUUCAACUCUGAACCAUACAAGUCAAAACACUGAGCGAAAACAGACUACAAGUUCAAAACCAUCAGACAGAUCAACCCUAUACAAUUUUACAACUGCUUCCAAUACUUUGACUUUAAUGACAGCCACAGUCAACUUCACUGGCAAAACGGUGUCAACAACAGAGAGUGUCUCUACUUCCACUGACACAGAAGAUUUUAAUGAAUCUAGCCUUAGACCAUCCAAUAAUAUGACAACAGAGACUAUAGCCAUUCUCUCUUCAUCCAAUAAAACUGAAAACCAUAAGAAAACUACAGUGAAGCUACCCACCAUUUACACAACAUUGAAUUCAACUAGUGUCCUUACAUCAGGUGAAACUACAAGGUAUGACACCACCACCGUUAGACCCUCCUCCAGCAGCCUAGUUGUGUCUGGUGUAACUAAAGCUGCAUCCGGGGAAACUUCUAGCAACAAUGUAACUGCAGAUGUAUACUUGUCUAAAGACACAACUCUGUAUAAUGUAACUACACGGAAUACAUUUGCAGUCGGAGAAACAACACGGGAAAAUGUAAAUAAUGCAAUUAACCAGAGUACCAAAAACAAAAAUGUAACUACUAGGGGUAAUGAAAGUUCUCCAAGUCUCCAAGUGACAUCGUCGGGCAAUAAUUACAUAGAACAGCAGAAUGGAACUAAAGAAGCAAACACUCCAACAUUACCAACUAUUAUUAGAAAUCACACCAGCACAUCUGCAACACCCAACAACAACACAAUAGUUUACAACCAUAAAAAUCUCAAAAGCAAUUACACAACAGCUGACAAGGCAUCAACACACAGUUACAGACUUACAUCUCUCCAUACAAACAUGAAACCAAUUACCAAUUAUACAUCAGUCUAUGAAGCUACAAUACCUUCUGAAAACCUCACAGCAUUUUACAAUGCUACAAACCAUGGCACAACAUUAUAUAAUGAUACAACACCAAGUAAAAAGGAAACAGGCAUGAGCCCUACUACAACACCCACCAACAACAACAAUAGCCUGAACAAUAAGACAACAGUCUACACUGCUACAACACCAAACAAUGAUAAAACACUAGUUAGCCCUACCACAACAACCAUCAACAACAACCUGACAACAGUCUACACUGCUAUAACACCAAACAAAGAUGAAACACUAGUUAGCCCUACCACAACAACCAUCAACAACAACAAGACAACAGUCUACACUGCUACAACACCAAACAAAGAUGAAACACUAGUUAGCCCUACCACAACAACCAUCAACAACAACCAGACAACAGUGUACAAUGCUAUAACACCAAACAAUAAUGAAACACUAGUUAGCCCUGCCACAACAAGGGUCAACAACAAGGGCAACCAGACACCAAUGUACAAUGUUGCAACAACAAAGAAUAAUGAAACACUAGUUAGCGCUACCACAACAAUGGUCAAAAACAGUAACAACCAGACAGCAGUGUACAAUGUUAAAACACCAAACAAUAAUUUAACACUAGUUAGCCCUACAACAGUAACCAUCAACAACAAUAACAACCAGACAACAUUGAACAAUGCUACAACACAAAACAAUAAAGAAACACUAGUUAGCCCCACCACAAUUACCAUCAACAACAACAACCAGACAACAGUCUACAAUGCUAUAUCACCAAGAAAUAAUGAAACAAUGGUUACAACACCCAGCAACAACACAACACUCUACAAUGCAGCAACAACCGGAAACAAUUACACAACAUUGCACAUUGGUUCAGAUCCCAGCAUUGACCACAAAACAUCCUACGACCUAACAACACCUAGCAACAGUAACAUAACAGUCUACAAUGCUACAACACAAAGUUAUAAGGAAACAGCACUUAGUGAUACUACAAUACCCAGUAAACAGAACACAACAGUCUACAAUGCUAAAACAGGAAGCAACAAUCAUAGCACAGUAUACAAUGCAAAACCACUCACAGAGCAUUACACACCAGUUUAUAAUGCAACCACAGCUAAAAACAAUUUCACAACAGGUAAUAAUGCAACAACACCCCAAAACAAUUUAACAUUAGUCUAUAAUGCUACAACACUCACUGAAAAUCUUAUACCAUAUAAUAAAACAACCAACAAUUUCACAACAGUAUAUAAUACAAAAACUACAAACAAUUACAGAACAACCAACAGUGCCUCACUUAAUGAAAAACAUACAAAUGAGUAUAAUUUAACAACAGUCAGCAGCAAUUACACAACACUAAAUAAUUCAACAACAUCAAUAAAAAAAAACUACACAACAUUUACUGCAACAGCACCCAGUAACAACUAUACAACAGUCUACAAUACUACAGCAAUCACUGAAAAACACUUACACAACUAUAAUACUACAGCAUCCAGCAACAAUUACACAUCUGUCUACAAUGCUACAUCGUCAAACACCAAACACACAGCUGUCCAAAAUACCACAACACCCAGCAAUAGUUAUACAACAGAGCAAAAUGUAACAGCUAAAAACAAUCAUACAACAGCCUAUUAUGCUACUAUAUCUAGCAUCAAUAUGACAACAGUGCACAAACCAACCAUGACAAGCAUACAUUUCACAACAAAUCAAAAUAUAACACACAUAACCAGCAAUUUUACAAAUAAAUAUAAUGCAACACUUUUCACAACAACCUCCAACACAGCAUCACCCUCUAAAAGUAGCACAACUAAUAUGGUAGGAGUACAAAAUACAACUGCAUUGAAUUAUUCCAGCACUUUGCACCCUGCAAUCAAUUCCUCCAUUAUUUACACAUCAGUAACUAGAUCACCUCGAAAUGCAACAACUGCAUUCAACAUCUCCAUUGCACCUGUAGAUCCACAGCAGAUCACAACCACUCUCAACAUAAAUACAACGGUUGUAGCAGCUCUUACAGAAGUAGGCAGGACUACAAAACUAAACUCAACUACAGAGAGUUGGACUUCACUUGCUGACAACAGCACAAAACCAACGCAACAUUCAAUGUUAAACCAGACUGGAAACCGGACCACAGUUACUGUUACUCAAAUGACAACUGUUUACAAAAAUGACAGCAACUUAGGUGCAGGUUUCAGCACCAUUCAAGCAACCAAACCAUUAAGUUCCAACUUAACAAAAGACACUGUUUCCCCUUUCACUGCUACAACUGUAAACACAAUUUUACCUACACAUGAUCCUACAAAUAAAAGGCCAGUGUCUUCGGCUACAAAGACAACAACUCUCCCAAGCAACAAAGCCACAAUGAGCACAGUGACCAGCACUGGAAAUACGUUAAUGACCACUAUGAAGACAAGCACAAGUACAGAGAAUAAGGAGGAAAAGGCAAAUGAGCUGUUGGACCAAACAGAAGAUGUGUCCAAGCUAAACUCCUCUCUGGUGUCUAACCUGGUGGGCAACCUGGAGAAACUUCUGGAGAGCCCAUCUAUUUCUCAGUCAGUGGGAAAAAAAGUUAUUGAUAUCAUAAGCAACCUCAUGAAUUGUGACCCAGAGAUUCUUUCUGGAUCAACAAAUAGGCUGAUUCAGCUAGUGGAUACAUUGGGUUUAAAGCUGGAGGUCAUGGGUGUCAGUGGGAUGCUGUCCUCAACGUCUCUGGUUCUGGCUAUAAAGACGGUGGAUGGGACAAACUUUCCUGAAACCUCUGUUGAGAUUUUUAACACUGAUAAUGUCCAGCUCCGAAGCAUCAGUAGGUCCCGGGUCAAAAGGUCAGCUUCUGCUUUGGGAUCUGUGAACUUGCCCUCCUCCCUUACAGCAGGUCUACUUCCUGAAGAGAAGCUGCAGGCCAGCAGAGUCCAGUUCACUUUCUACAAAAACAAUUCCUUCUUUCAGGAUUCUUCCUUAGACAAUCAAACAGUCGCCAGUGCUGUUCUGGGCUCCAGUGUGGCUAAUUUGUCAAUAAGCAAUCUCAAGGAAAACAUCACUUUUACCAUCAGGCAUAUGAGUUUAAGUCUUAAUGACAUCACAUCUUGUGUUUUCUGGAAUUUCACUAAGAACCACAAAGCAGGGGGCUGGGAUGACAAUGGCUGCUCCGUUGCCAACACCACUGCAGAACACACAACCUGCAGCUGCAACCAUCUAACCUCCUUUGCCAUACUGCUGGAUAUGUCCAGAGAGGGAAUAACUGACCCGCUGCAGGCGAAAAUUCUGAGUUUCAUUACUUACAUCGGCUGUGGAAUUUCUUCUGUCUUUCUAGCCGUCACCCUGAUAACCCAUUUGUUAUUUGAAAAACUGCUCCGCGAUAUUCCUGCCAAGAUCCUGGUCCAGCUCUGCUUUUCCCUCCUGCUCCUCAACCUGGUCUUCAUGCUGGAUGGAUGGCUUGCUAACUACAAAAUAGUCAAUCUUUGUAUCAGCACUGCCUUUUUCUUGCACUACUUCCUGCUGUCGUCUUUUACCUGGGCGGGGCUUGAGGCUCUGCACAUGUACCUGAGCAUCGUGCGAGUGUUCACACCCUACCUAAGUAGAUAUAUGCUGAAGUUCUCCCUGAUGGGCUGGGGUUUUCCUCUCAUUGUGGUGGUUAUUAUCAUAGCUGUGGACAAAAACAACUAUGGUCUGGUGCCAUAUGGAAAAUACGAAGAUGGGACUACAGAUGACUUUUGCUGGCUACGUAAUGACAUUGCCUUCUAUGUGGGCGUGGUAGCCUACUUCCUCCUCAUUUUUGUCUUGUGCCUGGUGGUCUUCAUUGUGGUUAUGAUCCAGCUCUACCGGAUCAAGAAGCAGAACCCUCACAACCAGUCCCCGAACAGGAGUGCAAUGACUGACAUGAGAAGCAUCAUUGGCCUCGUUCUGCUGCUUGGUCUCACCUGGGGCUUUGCUCUGUUCGCCUGGGGGGACGCCAAACUCCCCUUUAUCUACCUUUUCACCAUAUUCAACUCUCUUCUAGGAUUGUUUGUCUUCAUUUUCCACUGUGCCGUGAAGGAAAAUGUCCGCAGGAUGUGGAGAAUGUAUCUGUGUUGUGGAAACUUGCGGCUGGCUAAUAACUUAGAAUGGAGUCGGACUGCCACUCACAACAACAAACAAUUGUCCGCUGCUACAGGCACCACCUCUGCUCAACAGCUCAGCCACCGUAGCUCCUCGUUUGCCAGCAACCUCACCAACAGCAGCGGCUCAGUGUUUGUGGACAGUGGUAUAUCAGACCACUCUAACAGCGACGUCGUCCUCAAUGAGAUUCAGAGACGGAGCGUUUCUCCAAUAGAUGAACCCUAAUGACAUGGCUUGAGGAACCAUUAAAGAUUAGGGGUCCUUUUCGGAUGGAAAAAUAGUUGUAGCAGAGUUGCUCAAAUUGAAGUCCUUAAAGGUAGAAAAAGGUGGUAAAUAUUUCAAAGCAGAGUAAUACUGAAAAUAUAAACACUUCAAGAAAUCACACAACAGGAGCAAGACUUUUAUGCCUAUGUACCAAUAGCAAAGGAGGUAUAUCAGAAGAAAUAUGGCUUGAUUAUGACUGAAAAAUAGAAGAUUCACUGUUAGAGCUGUGACCCUGUUUGACCCAGUCCUUUACUAAAGCUUACAAUCUUGAAAUCAUUGUAACUGUGCAUGUAUGAUGAAGUUAGGCACAGUAAUUAUGACUUUGUAGUGAGAAGUAGAACAUUGCAUUUUAUUUACCAUUAUGGGGCUGAUUUGCUGCCCUUUCACCUUGUAAAACCUAAAGAAACUGUGCCAAUGGCUUUUACUGAAAAACAGUACUGCAAGGUCCAAUCUGAGAGGGACAUGACUUCUUUGAAAUGGAUUUAGAAUUAAAAGCAGACAGGAGACCCAUCUCUUUGAUUUACAAAUGCCAAAUUCAACUACUAGCCUUCCUAAUCAGUUGUUGAGCGGAAGGGUUUUUCUUUUUUUUUUGUACUGUAAGAACAGUGGCAGAGCCAGAAAAUGUUCAUAGGACUAGCUGAGAACCAGUUUAGGGUCAGUCUAAACUAAACACACUGUACCAAUAUAAGCGCAUUUUCCAAAAUAAUUCACUGAAGAUGCCUAGGGUUUAAUGAAGGCCUUGCAGAUAAAUGCUGAUGCUGUUUAAAUAAUUUCUAUUACUACAUAAUAUACGCAUGAAAUGGCUUGAGCAGUUGUUCUUUAUUUCUGUUUAUAUAUAAGACUCCUAGAUUACUUUCAGAGACAUUGCUUUCCCUUUUCUGCCAUGAUGCACACAAAUUAGCUCUAAGAGAUUAAAUUGGUGUGAUAUUUAAUGUUAGCAUGUUGAUGCAAAUAAAUGACUGUAUUGUUGUUGUCAAUUCAUUGCUAAUAUACUGACAAUUAAAAUGUUAAUUUUCUUAAAAUAUUCAACUUAGAAGGAUUAUUGAUGCAGUCCUGUGUUUGAGAGGGGAACUGUUUGUUCUAGAGACGGUGAAAUAGUUCACAUGGGAACAAGUACCUGGUGGGGGUGGCCAAUGAUUGGCUAAAGGCCACCCUCUAGUUCAUCCCCUGUAUAGGAACAAUUUAUUCUUUAAUAUGCUAAAGCAGAGGGUUUGGGCUAUGUUAGAGCUUUAAUAUCUGUAAAGAAUGAAUAUGAAUCAUUUUAAAGUGUUUUUUUCCCCUUUGCAUAAGGAAAUUCCUUCACAGGAGU